AUGCCAGAUAGAUCUAAACGCAUAUUGAAAAUACUACAAGAAACAGUUAUAUUUAGUAGUACUGGAUUAUUUGUUUAUUAUCACAUCAGACAAACUUACAAUUCAUUGUACAAGAUUGUUAACCCCAAAGUCCUCGACAGAGAGAAACAUCAACCAGAAUAUAUUUAUAUUGAUGAUCCUUUAUACAAUUUAACAUUGAAAUUAGAACAAGACAGGGAGCUAAAGGAAGCAGUUGGUUUAGCACGUGUUUGGAAAAGUUUAAAAUACUCUUUAGCGUGGAAACUACUAUGGUUGUGCCGUCAUGGAAAUAAAGAUCAAAGAAAUAUUGCCUUAGAACAGCUGGCUGCAUUCAAAAAUAAUAAGAUCUGGGAGUGUUGCAAACUUGCUCAAGCUUUGGAUAAAAAUACGGCUGUGCUUUUAGCGCGAACGCGCGGCGCCGACCUGCGUUAUUUCCUGCCUCCACCCAUCCACGUUCGAAGAGCAGCAUUAUCGUCCGAACUCCUGUCCUAUAAAUUAAGAGAUUUAAUUAUUUCUGUACAGAAUGUAAAUCCACACCAUUGUAUUCAACAUUUCAUUUAUAAACAUUUUAUUAAUGUUCAGGAACAAACCUUGGAAGCCCUAGAAACAGAUGGUGUUCCUUCAAAACCAGACAGUUUUAGUGAGAAAGAACUAUGCAUUUUGUGUCUGGAUGCCUUACAUCAUCAUCUAACCCUUUUUCAUGCUGCAAACUAUCAUGACGAUUUAUCUACUAAUAACCUAAUAAAUAUGGGGAUCUUGCCUAAAUUAGCAGAAGCAAUGUUAAGAUAUAAAAAUGAUCCCGACUUUGAUUUUGCUGUGCUUAAAGUGCUCAACAUUUUGAGUAUACAUACUAAUUUGCUAGUAGACUUUUUUCAAAAUGGCUUAUUAAGAGAAUUAUCAAGACUGUUGCGAUCUGAAGAUGUCCGUUUGUCAAGUUCUGCUGCUGUAUGUCUAGCAAAUUUAUCAGGGGAGUACUGUUAUCAACCUGGCCUAUACCUUUUACAUCCUAUAUACAGAACAACAAAGCCUCCAUGCUGUGAUACUUUACUAGUGCAUGGAUUACGUGGUGGUGUGUUUGUAACAUGGAGGCAGAGGGACAAAAAGUUUUCCGAACCACUAGGAAUUAUGGAAGUAACCAAUUCUGGGGGUAGUGACCAUGUUGAGUCAUUAUAUGAAGGAGAUUCUACAAUAGUAACAAAAUUUAUGGAUCCUGAUGUCAGACAAGUUAUGAAGGAUUUAGUUGAGAGUGAUGAUGAAGCAUUGCUAAGUGACAUAGAUGUUGUCCUUCAUGAUGUACCUAUACAGGCUCUAAGGGAACCCCAAUCUACAAAAACAUACAUGGCUCACCAAAAAAGGACAGCAUUAAUACAAGAAGAACAAGACAAAUAUAGUUAUACAUUUUGUUGGCCAAAAGAUUGGUUACCAAAAGAUUGUAAUAAUUUGAGAAUUCUGGGUGUUAAUUAUUGGAGUUCAUUAUCAGAAUGGCUUGAGAAAUGCCCCUCAUUGUCAGCAGAUAUAGCAACAAGAGCUUCGGAAAUGGUGCCUGCACUUGCUAAAGCUGGUGUGGGUGCCAAAAAUACAAAUGUUGUUUGGCUAGCUCACUCAAUGGGUGGGCUUAUUGUCAAAGAAGCUCUUGUCAGAUCUGCACAGAGUCAAGAUGCGGAAUUAAAACAACUAUCUGAAAACACUAAAGCAGUUUUCUUCUUUGGUACGCCUCACAGAGGAAGUGGCUUGGCUACAUUGCCACGUGCUGCAGCAGCUUUCAUAUGGCCUUCUACUGAUGUAAAACAAUUACAAGUAAACUCGCCAACAUUACUUAAACUCCAUAAUGAAUUUAUUCAAACUGCUGAUGUUUUUAAAUGGGAAACAAUUAGUUUUGCAGAAACAUUGCCUACAUUAUUCACAGCAUUCAAAGUACCCAUACAUUUUGUUGAAUCUCAUUCCGCUGAUUUAGGACGUGGAGUGUUUUAUCAGCUACCUUUGGACCACUUAUCAUUAUGCAAGCCAGCUACUCGUCAAUCUGUUGUGUAUAGUAUGGUGUUAGAUGUUUUGCAAAGAGCAUCAUCACACCAUGAAGAUAUUCCACAUAGAUACAUGUAUAGCAAUUUUGAACGUUUAUUUUCGAUAUUACUAACUAAAUUUAUAGACAUAUUUGAUAUAGUUGCAGUAAAAAAACAGUAG